AUGUUGUGGCUUUCUUUCUCCGAUCAGAAUUCUGUCUCAAACUACUUUGUGAUUCCGACAUCAAGCAAGUCUUCCUUGCUGAGUUUUGCCUCUGAACCGACCACCCCGGCCGCCUCUGCCACGCCCAAGAGGCGAUCCAUUGAUCAUGGCGUCACAGUGAUAUUGCCUCACACCAACAACCAUCGCCAAAUAGCGCCCUUUUCUCGGGGGCACACUCGUCCGGCGCCGGCUCGACGGCGAAAUAGUUCGAUUUCUUCAACCGGGCGCCCCGACGGCGACCACGCCCGGCCCGUCCGCAAGGAAGAGCUGCGCAGGAACGGAGUUACUACUCCUCCAUCUGCUCUCCUGACUCUCCUCAGCGGAGACGAAGGCCGGGACUUCGAAGGCGUGGGCGGCUGGCGCUGCCCACCAUCCGCAAGGUCGCAGGGCCAUGUUUCCAGAUCCGCAUCGUCCUCCUCAAAGGACAGCUUAAGCGACGAGGCAGAUGAGCGGGCCUGGCUCUCCAUCAAUGAUCGUCUAGAGCUCCCCUCACAGCCCUUUCCUCUGCGGAACCACCCCGAAACAGCAGACAUUCUGCCCUGGAGACACAGCCAGGCCGCCUCUCGUAGUCCCGAUGGCCGCAGGCAGCGCCAUCACCACCGAUCAGCAACCACGUCCCUGAUCCCCAGUCAAACUCGCCGAGCUCCUACUUCUCCGUCAGUAUCUCGGUCAAACAGGUCAGAGUUCCAUUUACCUGCCGGCUCUGGGGCCCGCUCCCGAGGUCUCUCUCCGCAGCCACAGUCUCAGGACGCAUCGUCUCUUUCGACAUAUUCUGAUUUCUUCCGUGCCAUGGCCACUGCGCCACAGACACAUUCUCAAAUGCACCUAUCAAGUUCAUCUGAGGCCCCGGGGGGUUACUUUGCUUUUCGCCCGGGCAAUGGAGCGAAUAGCAGCGGGAGUGCAGUCUCAACGGGCACCACCACGCCAGUCGAGGAUCGAUCCAGCACAACGCUCCGUAAUAUGGGAAGAUUCAUGGCUCAUUAUCCUACAGGCGUGAGAUAUCGUAGACGAAGUGUAUCGGGGGCCAAUCUUGGAUCGCAAUUACCCAGUCCUUCUUUGAGUUGA